AUGCAUCUCAACAUCCCUCUCGCUACAGUUUCGAUCGCCGCCUUGGCAUCAGCUGCGACUGUUCCAGACAAUGUCAAAAAGUUUCUGGACUCAGUUCGCUCCCAAGGAGAGUGCACCAACAAACUUCAAACGGGGCUUACACUCAGUGAUUCCGAGUCUGAUACCGACAACACGUACUCCUACUGCGGUGAUCGCCAGGGAGUUAUUUACCUGCAAGGCACUGGCGGCAAAUUGGCAGACAUGGACGUUGACUGCGAUGGUGCGACAGUGCCUAUAGACGGAGACACUCGCUGCAAUGCAUCUCAGGACACCAUUCCAGAGACUACGUUCAAGGACAACGUUAAACAGUUUGGUAUUGAUGACUUGAACGCAUACAUUCAUUCGUAUGUUGUCUUCGGCAACACUGGUUCCAAGGAAGGCUUCGUCAACUUCAACCCACAAGAGUUCGGCAUGGAGCCUCUGAGCGUCAUGGCAGUUGUGUGCGGAGAUCAGAUGUUCUAUGGCGUCUGGGGAGACACUAAUGGUGAUGACCAGCCCCGGGCCGCAAUUGGUGAAGCAUCUCUCUCCUUGGCUACGCUCUGCUUUGGCAACGGCAUCAACGGCAAUGCCGGACACGGAGAACCCGAUGUUCUUUAUAUCGGUUUCACAGGCCGCGACUCAGUCGCAGAUGCGUCGGUGAACUGGAAAGCCGGGAGUGCUCAGGAGUUUCAAGACAGCCUGGCUACGUUUGGCGAUCGACUCAUCAAGAAUCUGUAG